UUACACCACAAUUGUAUAUAUCCCAUGGAUACGGAUUAAGUUAGAACAACAUUGUUUUUUGACAUUGAUGUCUGAUACCUUGAGCCAAUAUGGCAUCCUUCCGCGAAUCGCGCUAAAUAACGCCAAACCGUCCUAAUCGUUCGCAUAUACCUUUUGUAUAUGGUAAAGAGUGCAGUCACAAGUUGUUAAAUAAAAUCAAGUAUAACAUAGAGAAAAAUAGACGUAUUAAAACGCUGUGUUUAUAUAAAAAUUAUUUCUACAAUAAUUUUAUUCUCUAGCGUAAGUAAGUAAAGUCAGAAGAAAAAUGGAUUCAGAUAUCUAUAUGAAUCAGCUCAACGACAACAACGAAAAACCAAAGCCAAAGCGAACACGAAAACCGGUAGCGAUUAAAAAACAGCUAGCUGAGCCGAAUAUAAAAUAUAAAAACGCUUAUGUCAAAAUUGUAGAGCAACCGGCAAGUAAAGCUGUGAGAUUCCGCUAUGAGUGCGAAGGACGUACGGCCGGGUCCAUACCGGGUGUAAAUUCGACGCCGGCAUUGCGAACAUAUCCUACAAUCGAAAUUGUUGGCUACAAAGGUCCUUCGGUGUGUGUCGUGUCUUGUGUGUCCACGGAUCACCCAUAUAGACCACACCCUCAUACUUUGGUAGGUAAGGAGGGUUGCAAAAGUGGUGUGUACACGUGUAGUGUAAACGAGGUUACUAUGCGUGCCGAGCUCUAUAACCUGGGUAUACAGUGUGUUAAGAAAAAAGACAUUGAAGCCUCACUGAAGAUGCGUGAAGAAGUACGCGUUGAUCCAUUCAAAACUGGCUUUUCACAUGCAACGCAACCGUGUAGUAUAGAUAUCAACUCGGUGCGCUUGUGUUUCCAAGUUUUUAUCAAAGGCGAAACUGGACAUUUCACUGUGCCAUUGAAGCCCGUCGUCACCGAUCCCAUCUAUGAUAAGAAGUCGAAGGCAGACCUCAUUAUUCGUGAGAUGUGCAGUUCGGGAACGGUGCUGGGUAACACGACAAUCAUGUUGCUCUGCGAGAAGGUGACGAAGGAAGACAUAUCGGUGCGUUUUUUCGAGGAGAAAAAUGGUGUUGUGGUUUGGCAAGCUUAUGGCGAGUUUGAUGCCUCCAGUGUGCACAAACAAACCGCAAUUACAUUGAGAACUCCACAAUAUCACAACACCGAUAUUGAAGAGCCCGUGCCGGUAUUCGUGCAACUACAAAGACCUUCCGAUGGUGCCGUCGGUGAGCCUUGGCAAUUCAAAUAUGAACCAGUCAAAAAGUCACGGUUAAGGCGUAAAUGUAGACUAAACGAUCUUACUAUGACCUCACUUAAAGUUAAUGAGAACCAGACGGUUACUAAUAAACCGAUACAAAAUAACAUCACCCUUGUUGCCACACAAGCAAAUUUGGAUAAGUUCUUCGUAUCUGGUGAGAUGACACCAUCGCCAGAACCAAUGUCACCGUCGUCAUCAACCACCAAGAGUGAUACGUCGACAACAACUUCGCCUUACGGCAAGGUCACGGAGGUGAUUAACCUGGAAAAUGGUACGGUGGACAUCCAAGAAACUCUCAAUGUUGAGAUAUUUCCAACGACACUGGAAAUUCAUGAGGAGAGUAAAGUUUAUAAGGGUAACCGAAAGUCUCUAUUUCCAAAACUUAAAACCAUUCAAGACCAGCAACAACAAGCUAAUUUGGAUGAGCUGUUGCAGCAACCGAAUCAGACCCAAAUACAGCAACAACAAUCACAAGGACACCAAUUGCCGCAACCAGAACAACAACCACAAUUACAACAACAUCAAUCUAUUUCGCCGCAGUUGCAAGUUCAGCGAGAACAACAAUAUCCACCGCCGCCACAAUUGCAACAACCAAUUAUUCCGCCACAACAACCACUCCAUCCUCAGCAAGAACAACAACAUCCACCACCGCUACAAAUGCAACAACCAAUUAUUCCGCAGCAACAGCAGCAGCCACAACAACCACUCCAUCCUCAGCAAGAACAACAACAUCCACCACCGCUACAAAUGCAACAACCAAUUAUUCCGCAGCAACAGCAGCAGCCACAACAACCACUCCGUCCUCAGCAAGAACAACAACAUCCACCACCGCUACGAGUGCAACAACCAAUUCUUCCUCAGCAACAACAGCAGUCACAACAAAAACUCCAUACUCAGCAAGAACAACAACAUCCACCACCGCUACGAGUGCAACAACCAAUUCUUCCUCAGCAACAGCAGCAGCCGCAACAACCACUCCAUCCUCAACCACUUCAGAUGCCGUACCAGCAACAAGGGGUUCCCCAACAACCGCAAACGGAGCUGCAGCAACAACAACAAUGGCGUUUGAUGCAGCAACUGCAACAACUAUUUCUUGGUGACACGAACAGGGAAGAGAAACUCACCAGCAUUUUGGCUUUAGCUGUUGCAGCGCUGAGCAAUAAUCCCCUCAACGUGCAACAUUUCCUUAAUGCCACUGCAAGCGCCAUGUCACAGAAUGGUCAGCAUAAUUCCGUUCAAAGCAGUACACAGCAACAGCCGCUGCAGCCGUCUCCGCCGCCUCAACAACAAAAUCCAUUUGUACCGCCUCAUCAGCAACAACAAUUAAUAGCGCCUCAACAACGGCAACCAUCACAACAACAAAACGAUUUAUCUCAAUCACAAUUCCAACAACAAUCUAACGUCGCCACUAGUAGCAACGAAGAACCUUUGGUGGGCGAGGCCGCUGCCAAGAAUAACAGUGAUUCCGAGACGCGUAUAGAGACUUCCUCCAUAAGCCAAUUGCUGAAUUUGGAUAGUGAUCAAUUGGUACAGAUCUGCGAUGACACACUACUCGAUCACACCAUCACUGACGACUUCUAAUUGGCGCCUUUAACCUUCUCAGUCUAGAUGUACAUAUUUAUGAGUUUCUCUUAUGUUGAAAA